AAAGAGAAGCCCAACCCACGCUUCCUAGCUGCCAAGUACAGCACCUCCAUUUUGACUCCUUCACCCAUCUCAACCAUGCGCCCACUCUUUUGCACGCUUCCUACCAUUUUUGACUCCUUCACCCAUGCUUCCUAUCAGCCACCCCACUCCAUCUCAUGUCAACCCAAUCAACUUCAAAAGUCAAGAUUUAGUCAUGCUUGGCAGCCACCAACUCCCCUAAUUUCAGCCCUCAAAUAUCUCUGCAUAAUUGAAGGAAACCCAUCCUUUGCACUUUCACUAGCAACUCAAAUAUCCUUCAAAUUACUCUCUCGUUCCAGCCUAUCCAUGGAGUUUCAAGUAUACAACAAGAGACCACCAUUCAAAGAACUCUUCCCCUACACAGACAUCACAAGGCUUUGUGACCAGGGGGAUUAUCGCUGCUUUCCCAAGACAGGUUUUUAUGUGUAUGAUCUUCAGGCUUUGCCUAUCCAGGUUGGCUGGCCGGUGCUGACGGGACUGAGCUGAGGCUAGGGUUCAAUUUCUAUGUAGACUUCCGCUGUAGUAAUAACUCUUAUACAUCUUUUGUUUUCUCAACUUAAGAUGACUUCAUGUCGAGCUUCAAUUUAAAAUUUCUAGUUUCGAGUUAAUGAAUGUCGGUUGUCAGAAGCAUGAAACAAAACUUGUGAUCCAAAGGGGCAUAGCCCGACUUUCUAUCUUAUUAUUCGAGUUUUAACAAGGUUGUUCCUUGUUUAUUUCUA